AUGAUUCAAUCUAAAAUAGACCAUUUGAUUCAAGAAAAAAUUAAAGAAUAUGGAAUUUAUUUUUGUAGAUAUGAUGAAUUCAUUGAUAUUAAAAUAACUAGUAAAUGCGGGUAUAGCAAAAUAGAAAAAGCAAACUGGAGACAUCAUGGACUAAUAGUUGUAUUAAAAAGUCUUAAAAUCGGGCAUGAAGAAAUGAUUGUCAAGGCAUUUGUAAAAGAA